UUAGCCACAGCAGUCACCCUGAAGCGGGUAACCGCGGAAUCGCCAGUGAUAGAGAAACUUUGUGCGGGGGUCUAAAAAUACACCUGGGUCUCCUCUUUAUUCUGUCUUUGUCUCAUAACAUCUACGGCGUGUUCCCGGUGACCACACAUUUAUCGGAAACAACUUCUUCUCGUGACUAAGACACUACCGCAAAGCUAUUUGGCUUACCACGAAUGACCUUUUACCCAAACAUACUCAUCUGUCACCAGAUUACUUCUAAUCCUAAUUUUAUAUCACUAUUUUAACAUCUUUAUUUAUAAAUAUUAUUAUAUUUUGGUGCGCGUGUGUAUUCUAUAUUAUGUUAAGUAAUAAAAAUAAAAACAUGGGGUCAUCGUACUGGAUUAUUUUACUUACUUGCCUACCCGGUUUGAUGUCUAAUCAAGAUGGAUACGGUAUAUCACAACCACCACUGGAUUACAAUGGAUCAAAAAGAACAGCUUGUCCGAAAAGCGAAUUUGACAAUCAACCUGUAGAUAGAUUUGAUUCAUCACUUACAUUACGACAAUUAAGAUCGGAAAUGGUUCGCAUUACUUCAGUACACGAUAAACCACUUGAUGGCUACAUUAUUACAUCAGAUGAUGAUCAUCAGAGUGAAAGUGUUUCACCACAUGAUAUGAGACGAGAAUUUUUAACUGGAUUUUACGGAAGCGCUGGAGAAGCUUUAAUUACUUCAAAUAAAGCAGUAUUAUGGACCGAUGGAAGGUAUCACCUUCAAGCUGACCAACAACUCGACUGCAAUUGGAUUCUUAUGAAAUACGGCCAUAAGGGAGUUCCAUCUAUAACAGAAUGGUUAAUAAAUGAAUUUGACAAUCGCACAGAAGUUAGAAUAGGAGCCGAUCCAAUGCUUAUCCCAGCAUUUAUAUGGGAAUCAUGGGAAAACCAACUAGCACAGUCACCGGUACAUCUGAUAGCCGUAACAACAAAUUUAAUUGAUUUAAUUUGGCAAGUUGGGCGUCCGAAAAAUAAUUCAUACGCCGCUUAUCCAUUAGAAAUAAAAUUUGCCGGCAAACCAUGGCAAGAAAAAGUACGACAAGUAAGAUUAAAAAUGGAAUUAUCUGCAGCGGAUGCAUUAGUAAUAACCGCUCUUGAUGACAUAGCUUGGUUAUUAAAUAUUCGGGGUUGGGAUUUACCAAACACACCUGUAUUAAAAUCUUAUGUAAUUAUUACCCAAGGAUCUAUUUACCUUUAUGCUGAUCGGCAUAAAAUUUUACGAUCUGUCGAUAUACAUUUAAAAACCGAUGGUUGUUAUCAUGCAGAUUGUGUCAGAUUACAAAGUUACUCAGAAAUCUGGAAUGAUUUACGAACUAUGUCUCAAACAUGGAGUAAAGUAUGGUUACCUUCUUACUGUGGAUAUGCUCAAGGAGCGUCACGAAAAAUUUACAUAUCCAUUCCAGCUGAAAAACGUUUACGAAAACCAUCUCCAAUAAUUGAAUUACGUGCUAUUAAAAAUGAUAUUGAAAUAUUAGGAAUGAGAAAAGCACAUUUGCGUGAUGCAGUUGCAAUGUGUGAUUUUAUGGCUUACAUGGAUCAACAAUUGAAAUACAAAACAACUAAAUGGGAUGAGAUGCAAGUAGCUAGAGUUGUUAACGAAUUUCGGCUUGAAAUGGAUUACAAUCAGGGUAUUGCUUUUCCUACAAUAGCCGGUUAUGGUCCACAUGCUGCACUACCACAUUAUGAACCAAGUGAUCGUACCAGUUUAAUGAUUGAUUUAAAUUCAACGUUAGUGAUAGAUUCAGGCGGUCAGUAUUUUGAUGGGACAACUGAUGUAACGAGAACAAUACAUUUCGGUGAACCAACACAAGAACAAAGAGAAGCUUAUACACGUGUAUUAAUAGGCUCUAUUGAAUUAGCAUCAUUAAUUUUCCCAAGUAAUUUGAGAACAGAUCAACUAGAUAUUCUGGCAAGACGUCCAUUGUGGGAUAUGCAUGAUGACUAUAUGCAUGGAACUUCUGUUCAUGAACCCCCAAUUAGUGUAUCUUAUAAUAUGAAUGCGACACCAACAGCUGGUUGUACAUGUUAUUUAAACCCAGGAAAUUUUUUAUCCAACGAACCUGGCUAUUACAAAGCCGGUGAUUUUGGGAUACGUUUAGAAAAUAUACUUGAAGUUGUAGAAGCAGAUUCACCACAACAAGAUAGAAAAAAAUUUUUUAAAUUCCGUGAUGCGACCUUGAUACCCUACGAGCCAAAACUAAUAGAUACUAAUAUGUUGAGUCCUGCACAUAGACGUUGGUUAAAUGAUUAUAAUAGUCGUAUAAGAAAUGAAGUAGGGCCAGAAUUAAAAAAACAUUUGAGAAUGGUUGGAUUUGAAUGGAUGAUGAAAAAAACUCGUAGCAUUCCUGAAUGGGGUGAAGUCGAUGAACGUCUUUUUGCCGGUGCAGCAAAUCCAUCUUAUUCUAAACAUCCAUGUGCGCUUAUUUUUAUUAUGAUAUUAUUUCAAAUAUGAACAGCCGACAAGAGAUUAUAGAAAAAUUACUAAACUUGAAAAAUAUAUGCACAUAUUUACUUUUAUAAUUUUUCAAAUAAUUAUUUUAUCAUUAAAAUUUAUUGAUAAUAAUUUAAAAUAAAGCCAAUAUUGGAGGAUGAGAUUAAACUGAAAUUAUUGUAAUAAUUUCUUAUUUGAUGAUGAUGAUAAAGAUAAUAAACAAGUUAGUUUUAAUGAAAAUGCGUAAAUAUAAAUUGUCAGUCAGCUCUUGAUAAUGUAGGAGUUAUUAUUAACCGUUUCUGGUGGUGAUGAUAAUGAAGAUAGUGUAAUUCCAGAAAUUGGUACUUUUCAUAAACUAUUGGAAAGUCAUGGACGAGAAGAAUUUAUUGAUUGGAACGCAAUCAGACAAGGAUAGAAUAAAGAUAACGUUAAAAUUCCAUUUAUUUGGACAUCACACUCCAUAAACCAUCACACAGAGUACUUGUUGAAAUACCAAAUUCCAUUUUUAUCCACUAUUAUAACUCCCCGGGAAAAACGAAUCAUAUAUGGCAAUGAUCAUUUGACAAAAGUAUACAAUAACUAUCAUUUAGUUUGUUUCGAUAUAAUAAUGAAAAAUUAAUAAUUUAAUAUACGUUACUGAAAAAAUUACUCUUAUAGAACUUUUUUUUACACCUAUCACAAAAUUACAAUUUAAAAAUGAAUAUGUAGCAAAAGCUGUUUUUUAUUUUCGAAUUUAAUAUUUAGACUGUAUUUAAAGAAAAAAAGUAAUAUAUAAUGUCAAUAAAUUAAAUUA